AAUCUUUUUUUAUUUAUAUAUUGCCAAACACUAUGGAAAGUUCAACAAACCAGGUAGCCAUCUAUAAAGGUCUCAGUGUACUUGCCAUAUUCGGCUUAAUACUGAGCUUGAUCGGUGACUUUCUCUUAUCAUUAUACUGGGCUUCAAUUGUCAGUGCAAUCUUCAAAAUUUUCCUUGUUGCUUCUCUCUUUCUUCUCGAGUUCAGGCAAUCACCUGCUUCGGUAAAACCAUUCUCGUUCAUGUUUUACUUCCUGGGUCGUGGUGUAUUUUACAUAAUUGUUUCGUGGGCUGGCGGUGCUAUCAUCAUCGUGGUCGGUGCGGUGUUUGUUGGUCUCCACUUUGCAAAUAAUGGACAAGAGCCUGAAUACAUGUCGUUUAAGAGAUUUCAACGUCUCACCAGCGGUCUCUCUCAUGAAUUGCCUAUCACUCAGCAAUACCCUGUAGCACAUCAAGUCCCUCUUUCUCAACAUAACGCUCAUAACAAUGGAUCUUUCCCACCAACUGCUGGCCAAUACAGUAAUACCCAAACCAACACACACGUUCCACCUCCUACUUCACCCUUACCCGUACACAUCAGUAACGAAGAAAAGACGGAAAUCUAAAAAUAUUAAGGAUACAAUGACAUGAUACUUGUUUGUAGUCCAGCCACAUUUUCCUAUAAUUUAUCUAAUUACUACGCCACCCCUCUUACAGUAUUUACACUAUAAAUUCAGACAAAUUAGAAUUAAUUUCGGACAGAUGCAAAAAUAAAUUCAGACCAAUAAAAAAAAAGUUCAGACUAUUGAGCUUUUUUUUUCGGACGAAUAGAAAAUUAUUGUUCAGAUAAUUUUACCUGCAUGAAAUUACCAAAGCGAUAACUUUGGCGGAAAAUUACUGAGUUUGUUCGUUUUUACGAGAAAA